UCCGUCCGACCCCUCUUAGUGAUGGCUAUUACUUUUUUCUUUUACGCGAGAAAAUAAGGAAAUACAAUCCGCCCCUCUCUUCCAGAAUCAGAAUCGAAAAAGAAAAUUGGCCACUGUGGGACCAGACUUUUUUUUUUCUUUUGCUCUAGUCUUAUAAUCUCGGGUCCAGGCACAAACGCGCGCGCGAUCUCUUCUUCCGACCCGUCGUGCCUUCUUCCCCCCCCCUAUCUGUUCAUUUGUAUAUCCUCCCCCCCAUGUCUCGAUAACUUGAGCCUCCACUAAACACCACUACCACCACUUUUAAACUCCAUCAAGUCUCGGAACACAUAAUUCCCCAGGUUGCUCGAGGAAAUUACUUCUAUUUCUAUUCAGCACAUCAGAACGGUGCCACUUUUGAUUAUCCUCCACUCGUUUCCCGCACAGCGGUGUCGCCAUCAUGUUCGAGGACUUCUCUUUCUCCUCUCCCUCCUCCACUCGGCCUCCCCGCUUGGCCUUGGACAGCGAAGAAUAUCAGCGCCUCACUCUCGACCAUGACAGUGGAUUAAUCUCUCCCUUGUCCUCGCGCUGUCCGUCACCACGCUCGUCAACGCAGCGCUUCCCCCGGACCCUAUCUCGCUCGCGAUCCUCCUACUCCCGGGGCCAGGCUCAAGCGCCCACCUCCGUCCCUUUCUCCGCAUACGAGAAGCGCUUCUCCAUCAGCACCCUCACCAAGAAACUUCACGAGCACACACUCCAAAACCAGUCCGGCACUGCGGGCGCAAUCCCCAGCGAUGACCGCUUCCCCGAUGCGCCCAUCUCCCCCACCUCCCCCUCCGAUCUCCAUUUCAGUAGCAACAACCCCAAACUCUUCCCCGGCUACGUCCUGACACCCCCCGACACGGAUCUUGACGAUGAUUCCCACACAUCCGGCUCUCUAUCGCCGACGUUUCCCCCGUCUUCCUCCUCUCCAUACCUGAACCCGACCUCCGCCCCCGCCGCCUCAGACAGCUACAACUCCCCGACCGACACGACCCCAAUGGAUCUCAACGCAGACGACCAGGAACACAACUAUACGACCAUGCGCGCGCAGCGCCAACACAUCUCGCGCCUGCAGUACUGCAACCCCACCGACCUCGAGGCUAUCCGCCUGGCCCUGAUCUCUGAGGACGAGGCCCUGCGCACCGCCGUCUCGCACAGCUACUCCACCUGUGAAGACGACUGGCACCCCAGCUCGCUCCCGCCGCAGUCGUCCCCGCGCCGACGCGCCCUGACGGCGUCGCGGGGCAGUCGGUUCCGCCCGGCCACGGAAUCGAUCUCCUCCACUUCCUCCGUCCCAUCAUCCUCGUCGCUGGCGGAAUACACGCGUUCCCGGAGAAAGAGCAGCGUCAGCGCGCUGCAGUCAUCCCAUCGGAUCGAGAAGAGCUAUCAGCUCGGCUCCACCCGCGACCUGCAGAAGAAGAGCGAGCAGGGGCUGCGACGAAAGAGUCUCGUCAGUGCGGCGCUGGCUUCGAUGGUUGAAUAAGGUCGUGCUUGUCUCCUGUCUUCCCGAGAACCAACGUGUAUCUCUUCUCUUGGGGUAUAUAUGUCCAGCAUCCUUGAGCCAGGUGCAUACCAUUCAUCGCUUCGAUACCUGCUUCGACUCUUCCCUUUUCUCCAUUCCUCUUUUUUUUCAUUCUUCUUCACUUCUCUUUUCUGACUCACUUUUUUUGUUCUAUAUCCGGGUGUGCGCUCCUCAUCUUCAUCUCUGUUCCUAUUGCCAUCUAUCUUCUUUCAGGGUUUGGAAUUGCUUGUGCAUUGUGUGCAUAUCGAAAGAAAGAUACCCAGACUGUCUGCUUGUUUGCCUUGGACGUUCUAUUCUUUUUUUGUUUUUUGUCUCUUGGUGCAUUCAUAUUGGUGCGACCCUCGAAACUCGGUUAUAGGGCACU